CGAUCCACACGUAAACGGCAACAUGCAACUCGGUCUCUGGUUUGGCAUUUUAGCCAUCGCCGCCGCGCCGCUGGUGAGCGCUAAUUAUGGUCCCCCUGGCGGACAUGGACACGGACACGGACAUGGACAGUACCUAUCCGGUCCCAAUGCCGGACUCGAGGAGUACGUGAAUGUGGCGACGGGCGGAAACCAGCCGGCUGCCAACCAGAUCGCCUCCCAGGCCGAGAUCCAGCCCUCGCAGGAGGAGGCUCGUCGUCUGGGUCGCGUCCAGGCGCAACUCCAGGCCCUGAACGCCGAUCCCAACUACCAGAAGCUGAAGAACUCCGAGGACAUUGCCGAGUCUCUGGCGGAGACCAAUCUGGCCAGCAACAUCCGGCAGGGCAAGAUCAAGGUGGUGUCGCCGCAGUUCGUCGACCAGCACCUGUUCCGCUCCCUGCUGGUCCCCUCCGGUCACAACAACCACCAGGUGAUCGCCACCCAGCCCCUGCCCCCCAUCAUUGUCCACCAGCCAGGUGCACCGCCAGCCCAUGUGAACAGCGGCCCACCGACUGUGGUGCGUGGCAAUCCGGUGAUCUACAAGAUCAAGCCUUCGGUGAUCUACCAGCAGGAGGUGAUCAACAAGGUGCCCACGCCGCUGAGCCUCAAUCCCGUCUACGUGAAGGUCUACAAGCCGGGCAAGAAGAUCGAGGCGCCGCUGGCCCCAGUGGUGGCCCCCGUCUACAGCCAACCCCGGGAGUACAGCCAGCCCCAGGGCUAUGGCAAUGCCGGAUCGGCCGCUUCCGCCGCCGGUGCCGCCUCCUCCGCCGAUGGCAAUGGCUACGGCAACGAGGCCCCACUGUACAACAGCCCCGCCCCCUACGGCCAGCCCAACUACUAGGUGCUCCUCCCGGCCACCUGGACUGGGUCUCCUGGCUCCUUCUCAGCUGCGACAGCUGGUUUAAUUUAAAUUUUUGUUUUUUUUUUCUUUGCCAAUUGCUGAGUGCAAAUAAAAAAUGAUAAAAUUACCUAAAACGUAAA